AUUAUUAACCUUAGUCUUAAAAUAAGUUAAAUUAUGUAUGAUAUGUGUGUUCUUCUUGGGAUGUGUGAAUUUAAUAUGAGUUUUGGGUCUCGGCACUGCCAAGCCUUUAUGACAUUUCUAUGUUUGGUUCUUGCUUACUCGAUGCGGGUCAACCUCUCCGUAGGCAUUGUGGCCAUGACAGACAGCAAGGGCUCCAAUCCGGACUUCAUGGUAAUUGAUUCAGGUUCUACCAUGGAGCACAACUCGACAAGGUAUCAUCCUGAGUUCAUUCUUCUGGGGUUACCUGAUCACCCAAAUCCCGGCAGGUCACAUGGCACGCAAGUUUGGCCCUAAGUACUUACUGUUCGGCGCGAUGUUGGUGUGCUCUGUGUUCACACUGCUGAGUCCGUUCAUAGCAGAGAACUGUAGUUGGAUGUACUUUUGCCUGACCAGGGUGGUUCAGGGACUUGCCCAGGGAUUUUUCUUUCCCUGUGUCAACACCCACAUGGCGAAAUGGGCACCACCACCAGAAAGAAGUAGAAUAUUCUCUUUUGUUUUUGGAGGCACCCAGUUAGGUACUGUGGUCACGCUGUUCGUAGCCGGGUAUCUGGCUGCAGGUCCAUGGGGUUGGCCCAGUAUCUUUUACAGCACUGGACUGUGUGGUGUGUUGUGGGCAGUGGCCUGGCUAUUUUUAGGUGCCAAUUCCCCGGACACCCAUCCUUCCAUCAGUGACAGCGAGCGGGAAUACAUCAAGGCAGCCCUUGUUAGCAGCUCAGAUCAAAGCAGUACGAUGCGAACUCCUUGGAGGGAUAUAGUGACCUCAGUGCCAUUGUGGGCCUUGCUGAUUGCACAUCUGGGUCAAAACUGGGGCUUCUGGAUGCUGCUGACCAUGCUCCCCAACUACCUGAGCCAUGUCCUCGGUUUCAACAUCAAGAGUAACGGACUAUUUUCAUCUAUACCAUACAUGGUGAUGUGGAGUCUGACGAUUGUGUUCUCUUGGAUAGCUGACUACAUCAACGAGAAGCGCCUGCUACCCCUCAAUGUUUCCAGAAAGAUGUGGAACACCAUCGCACACUGGGGUGGUGCGGCAGCUCUCGUGGCAUUGUCCCUGAUCUCCACCAGUGUCACAGGAGCGGUCGUGCUUUUGACUGUCUCAGUGGCACUCAAUGCUGGCGUUUACACAGGCUUCCUGACCAACCACCUGGAUCUGUCACCCAACUUUGCUGGGCUGCUCAUGGGCAUUACCAACGGCAUGGCCAACGUAACCUCUAUCUUGAGCCCCAUGAUCACCGGCUUCAUAGUUUCUGACCAGGUGUGCAAAUUAUGUUACAGACAAAUUAUGUUACAAUUGGGACACAAAAAGUUUCAAAGAUACCGUGAUUUUUGUUACACAAGGGAAAAAUUCACUAGAAUCCUUGUAAGCUUGAAUCUGAAUGUGGGAGUAAUAUUUAGAUCUAAGUAGGUGGAUGUUUUUGGAGGAGGAAGAAGGAUAUGGGUAUUUAAGAGGUAGACUGGUUAUCCCGUUUUCCUCAUCAGGUACUCGGAACAACAUUUGGCACUUUAAAACAGA